CUUUUUAUCUGGAAUAUAUACUGUGCCCACUUGCAUCACUAUGAUAAAGAAUUGGUGGACCUCUAUUUCCUAGCAACUUGCAUUUCCACCAUUAAAUACAUUAGUAUCCUCCCCAUGAAGGUCGUCUGUGAAGUAAUUUCACUUAAUAUUCACAUUCGUUGAAUUCCCAUUUCUGAGUCUCAAAGUUUUCUUUAAUGGCGUCGAAAAGAAUACUGAAGGAGCUGAAGGAUUUGCAGAGAGAUCCACCAACGUCAUGCAGUGCAGGACCCGUGGCUGAGGAUAUGUUCCAUUGGCAAGCAACCAUCAUUGGUCCAAACGAUAGUCCCUAUGCUGGUGGUGUUUUUCUUGUAACCAUUCAUUUCCCACCUGAUUAUCCAUUUAAACCUCCCAAGGUUGCCUUCAGGACCAAGGUUUACCAUCCCAACAUAAACAGCAAUGGCAAUAUCUGCUUAGACAUUCUCAAAGAGCAAUGGAGUCCUGCACUCACCAUAUCUAAGGUUUUGCUGUCAAUAUGUUCACUGCUAACAGACCCAAAUCCUGAUGAUCCUCUAGUUCCGGAGAUUGCUCAUUUGUGCAAAACUGACAAAUUCAAGUACGAAUCAACAGCUCGAAACUGGACCCAGAAGUAUGCUAUGGGCUGAACUUAGGUGCCAUAUACCUGCACAUCCUCUUCUUCCACCUUUGCUUAUUUAAGUAUAUUAUCAAACAAAAAGUUGUUGCUGAUUAAUAAAGAAUGUUUGUGAUCAUCAGGCUUUGAAUUCUGAAAUAACAAGCUCUAACUAUUUUGCUUAGAAUAAAACACUUCUGAGCUUAAUUAUUAUUA